AUGAGCGGACAAGUGAUGGUACAAGGUAAAGGAACUGUACCGUUGACCCAGCUAAAUGUAGGAGAUGAGGUUCUUGCAAUGAACCCGGACGGCAAAUUGGUUUACAGCGAAGUCAUCGCCUUCCUCGACAUAAAGAAUGAUACCAGUGGCCAUUUUUACAGGAUUGAGACUGAAAGUGGUCACAAGGUACACCUGACCGGCAAACACCUUAUCUACUCUUCUGAUACGAACCGGACCUCUUUCGUCCUCGACUCUAUAGAUUCUCGAUUUGAAGCCAUAUACGCAGACCACGCCCAAGUCGGGGAUUUCUUAAUCACCACUCGUGGAAAGUCAGGUGUUCGCGCUUCAGCAAUUCGUUCCGUGAAACUGGUAACCAAACAAGGAAUGGUAGCCCCUCUUACGAAAACUGGGACGAUCGUCGUCGAUGGGGUCGUCGUCUCCUGUUACGCAUUUAUUAAUAGUGAUUACAUCGCGCAUGCGUCUUUCUCCGUCCUGAGAGGAUUGCACGACUUUUACAGUUACCUGCCCUUCGUCAGUUGGCCAGAGACCGCGAUCGCCUCGUACGCGAUCGACGGUAUGCAUUGGUAUGCGAAACUCUUAUUUAAGAUUGCACCCUAUUUUAUGGGCAGGGACUUGUUGUAUAUGAACGACUAA